AUGUCAGCCGACUACAUUCAGCUCGUCGGUACAGAUGUGCCCGGCAGCUACGGCAGCUGCUGCUUCAGCGGGCAGGUGCAGCACGAGGCGCUGCGUUGCCCCGCGCAGCCGUUGGCCCUCGCCGAAGCAUCGCCGCCAUCAUCGGAAGCAGCAUCGGCAAUGAGCAGCGACGGUCAGCUGCUUUUCUUCAACUGUCCGGAGGGCGUGCAGCGCUUCAGCUCCGAGGCGAAUGUGCGGCUGGUGCGCACCCGCGGCUUCUUCUUUACGCGCUGGGCCGUGUCGGCGGUGAUGGGCAUGCCGGGGCUCCUCUUCACGAUCAAUGACGCCGGUGUUCGGCACGCCAACUUCUUCGGCCCAAGCAGUCAUUCCCUCGACGUGGAGGAUGGUGCCGAGGGUCAAGCGCGGCGGGCACCGUUGCAUGCGGGGCGUGCGGCUGUUGCGGGGCUGGAGGGUAUGUUGGAGGCACUGCGGCGGCAUUACUUUUGGUACCGGCCGAUGAGUUUUCAGCAGCUUCGUGCAGGGGGGGCGGUGCUGCGCCAGCUGCCAACCACGCUGCGAGGGAACUACGUCUGCGAGGUGCCACUGCGGCCCCUGGCGGAACAGGAGGGAGGCCCCUCUGCGCCGCCUCCACCUGGCGUGCCGGCAAGCGCGUCGUCGGCGUCCUUCUUUGUAUUAUCGCUGCGGCUGAGCCCAACGAGCGCCCUACUGGGCUUCCGCGUCCCACGCACGGCGGCGGCGGCGGAGGAGGAGACGUACGGCUACGCCCUUGUGCACGCACCAACGGCGUGCUUUGAUCCCCAACGUGCGAAGGCGCUCGGGGUGCCGGCGGGACCAAUGUACGGCCAGCUGAAGCAGGGCACCGGAGUGUGGAUCGACGACGAGCAGGGCGCGCCGCAUGGGACGCGCGCCGCAGAGAAGCCGCGCCGUUUCAUUUCUCCCCACAGCGUGAAGCAGGCGACGGUGGGCAGUCGAUGCAUGUACGUGUCACUCGUACUCGACGGCGAUGACUGCGAGGAGGUGGCGGCGGCGUUGGUGGCGCUCUUUGGCCGCGACGCACCCACCUGCGAGGGCCAAUGCGACGCGGGAGGCGAGAGGCUGCGCUGCGGUGGUGAGCUUCGCCGCUUCCUUGCGCAGUGGCAACCCUCGCUCUUGUUUCGUGACGACCACCAUGCCGCGUCCGCGUCCGCGGCAGCGACAGCCACGGCGCCGACGGAGCGCGCAGUCGUGCUCACGCAUGUUGUGCACGUGCAGCAGUCCGAGUUCUUCGCGCCGUUCAAGACUGACACCGCCGGGGCUGCCGAGGCACAUUACGUCACUUCCAUCUUUGCGGGUGUGCGGCGUGGGGUUCGGGAGCAGGCCGUUCAGUGCUUCCGCAACGAGGAGAGGGGCGGCGACGCCGGCGCCACCGCCGCGCCGACCGCGAAAGGGACGAGACACCACUUUUGCGCCGCCGUGCAGCAGGAGUUCUCUGCCUUCCCCACCGCCCUGGCACACCGCUACCAUCUCAACUGCAUCGCCGAGGCGCAGUUCCCCAUGGCAGACUCGUUUUCAGCUGAAAAGAAGCCUGCCGAGAUGAGCGGGGAGCCAGGCCCAAUUUGGCCCUACAGCGUAAAGCACCCGUUAGUUCCUGCGGAGGCUGCCACGCGCAUCACAGAUCACGCAAACACUUCAGCUAUGGGUUCUGUUCCUCCCGUUGCGGCGCCGUCCUUGUUAGUUCCCGCCGCCAAACAGCUGAAGAAGAGUGGUAAUUUGAGCAAAGGGGAGACAGCAGGCCUGCUGCGCUACCCGACGGCACGCUCGGCGGUGGAGAUGCUCUCCGCGCAAUUCCGCACCACCGUGGGUAGGGCACGUGAACAGAUGCCGGGCGUGCUGGCGUCUGCGUCCUCCUCUUUGCUGCGGCAUCCACAAGGCGACCCCCGCGAGCGUGUCCAUGACGCCUGUGGCCGGGACGAUGGCAACAGCACAUGGCACCUUGACGACGGAGGGGCCCUGACGUUUUUGGGCACGGGCUCCGCCGUCCCAAGCAAGUACCGCAACGUGAGUGGGACGUACCUUGAGGUGAUGUAUCAUGCUCGUCGCGGCAAAAAACUUUGCCGGGCUGUUGUGGUGUUAGACUUCGGUGAAGGAAAUGCGGGGCAGCUAGCAAUGCUUUGGGGCAACGGCUCUGGUCAGGCCCUGCGACGGUUCUUCAAUGAUUUGGCCUUUGUCUUCAUCUCCCACGCACACGCCGACCAUCAUCUUGGGCUGAUGACUCUCCUUGAAUUGCGGCAUCGUCUGCGUUUGCGGGUGGCGAGGGAGGAGCCGGAUUACGGCGGCACGCUGCAGGAGCCCGUUCUCGUUGUAUGUCCGCAGGAGGUGCACGAAUUCAUGCAGGACACGUGGGGGCGCUGUGCGGCGUACCGGCGGUGGCUACAGGAGGAGGUCGUGUAUGACGUCAUUCCUGCGGAACGGCACCGGGCCGAGGGGGCCUCCGCCACCGCGGUGCUUCUCCCGCGCCUCGAUGCAGUGUGUGCGCGGCUUGGCGAGAACACGGCAGUGCCAGCCUCCUCGGGCGAGUGUCGAGCGCCGCCGCCGCUGUGGGGUGCCGAAGUUUUCCCGGUGCAUCACCCUGCCAACGCACACGCACUGCUGCUUCGCUUUCCCGCCCCGAUGGGCGCGGCUGCCACGUCCCGCGUUUUCCUGUUCUCUGGCGACACGCGGCCGUCACCGUUUCUCAUAGAGCGCUGUCGCCGCUUUACCCGCUGCACCCAUUAUGGCAGUGCGCAGGCGGAGGGGAGGGACGGGACCGAUAAUGAUGGGGACGAGGCAACAGGUGUGUUUCUCUGCCUACACGAGGCCACGUUUGGCGAGGGCUGCGAGGAGGAGGCGGUGCAGAAGUGUCACUCCACGCUGCCAGAGGCGCUGCAGGUGGCGGCGGCCAUCCGUGCCGAGCACAUUGUGCUCAACCACUUCUCGCAACGGUACCCGAAGUUGCCGGGGCUCAUGCAGUCGCAGCUGGACGGAAGAGACGUCGACGUCCGCUGCAGGCGGCGGAAAUUGCGGGGCUCGGAGCCUGCGACCGCCCCCAUGGAACAGAGCCGGCCUGAGGAGGCCGCGGGAGUGCCUGCGGAGGUCAGGCAGGGAGACUCCCCGCGGCGACAGCUGCGUGAUGCGUCGGGCCCCGACGCCGGGCCGGUGGGCUCAGGGGCACUUCGGAUGUGUUUCGGCUUUGACUUCAUGCGGCUCUCCUUCGCGUCGCUGCAGAGCCGGGAGACGGCGCAACUGACGCCGCUUUUCGUGCAGCUUCUGGAGGAGUACGAGUCGUGGGGCGUCGGCACGACGAAGCGGCUUCGCGAUUAA